AUGAAAGACAAUGCAAAUGAAAGAUUAAAGACAUACUUUUAUUCAUAUUUGAAUUCUUCUUCCUUUCUUUGUUUUUAUCUUUCUAUUCAUCCUUAUUUCCUUCUUUCUUCUUCUUCUUUCUUUAUUUUCAUUCUACCUUUCUUUUCCCUUUUUAUUCAUUCUUACUUUCUUCUUUCUCCAGUUAUUCGUUCGUUCUUUCUUCUUUUUCCUUUUCAUUUGUCCUUCCUUUUUUCUUUUCCCUUUUCAUUUGUCCUUCCUUUUUUUUUCUCCUUUUCAUUUGUCCUUCCUUUCUUUUUUUUCUCCUUUUCAUUUGUCCUUCCUUUCUUUUUUUUCUCCUUUUCAUUUGUCCUUCCUUUCUUUUUUUUGUCUCCUUUUCAUUUGUCCUUCCUUUCUUCUUUUCAGUUUUAUCUUUUUAACAAUUUUAUUUCCUUCUCUCUUCUUUUUAUUCAGCUUCCUUGUCCUUAUGUUAAAAUUAAUUUUCUCCCCAUAUGA